AUGCCAGCACUGCCACCUCCCCAGGCCACCAACAUCGUUCCCCUGACCCCGAUGUCCCUGGUGGCCCCGGAAGAGGCGGAGAAGAAGGAAAAUCCCCUCCUGAGCCGGAGGGGCGAGGUGCUGGCGAGCCGGCGGGAUUUCCGCAUGAACACCUGCACCCUGCACGGCUCCGGAACCUUCCUGCUGGAGCUGGCCCGGCUGUCCCCGAGCCACCUGCGGGAGCAGCGCCUGGGGACACUCCCAGAGCCAGCAGGACCCGGCCACCAGCAGCCACCGAGCACCAGCGCGUCACCUGUGAGGGCACUGAGCUUCUCCCAGGAGCCAGGGGCUGCGGGCUCUGACGGUGACGACGCUCCCGAGGCCCCGGGGGACGACAUGGAAGUGACUCCGGUCCCCAGCGAGCACAUCGAGGCUCAGAGGAGCUCCCCCCGGAUCCGGGGCUGUGUCCUGAGGGAGAGAUUCCCCAGCCAGGAGCCCCAAACACACGGCCAGGAGGAGCCAAGCCCGUGGCAGAGCCUGGAUCCCUUCGGAGACUCCGAGGAGAAACCCUUCAGGAGAGGGAGGCCGUUCCUGCUGCCCCACGGCCUGCAGGCCCCGCUGGGGGGCAAGAGGAAGAGGAGGGUCCCGAGGAAGCUGCAGGAUUUCACCCAGUGGUUCUCCACACUCUACAGCGGCGUCACCCCGGGCCACAGGGGCAGGAGGAGGGGUCCCACCUUCGCAGACCUGGAGGCGCUCUACUGGCGGCACUUCAAGGAGAGGAUGGCGGCGCACAGGAAGCUCCGGGGCCGGGGGGAGCCGCAGCAGGAACGGGAGCGCGGGGCCGACAGUGAGGAAGAGGAAGGUGAGGAUUUUGGGGCGCUGCAGGAGGUGCAGCCCGAGGAGCCGGAGGAGCCGGGGGAAGGAGCUCUGGACCCCCCCGAACCCGGAUACGAGGAGCUGGUGCGCAGGAACGUGGAGCUGUUCAUGGCCAGCUCUCAGAAGUUCGCUCAGGAGUCGGAGCUGUCCCAGCGCAUCCGGCUGUGGGAGGAGCGCGUGGAGCCGCUGCUGCAGGAGCAGGAGAGCCGUGUCCCGUUCGAUGUCCGAGCCUACGGCCUGGCGCUGACCGCUCGCUGUUCGUCCCCCGGCCGCUGGCGCUCUCUGGCCAGCCUGGUGGCCAGGCAGCCCCCGUUCGAGGUGUGCCGUUACCUGCUGGCCUCCCUGCAGCUGGCCAACGACGCCGAGGUGGAGCUGGCGCAGGACGCGGGGCUGGAGGCGGCGCUGGACACGGCGCGGCUGCGGCCGCUCCCGGCCCGGCCGGCCCACGAGCGCUUCCAGAACUUUCUGCUGCCCUCCCAGAGCCAGCCCGGCCCCCAGUGA